GGCCUAGGAGAUGGCCUGGAGGAGAGAAGGCGCUUUGGGGAAUGAAGGAGGUGGUAAAGGCAAGGAGCGAUCAUGGAAGAUCGUGAGCGAUGUCCAGGUUCCCACUGAGACUUCUGGGAGAAGCUUUGCGAGAUGCUGCCGUUUGGACAGUCUUUACCCUUUUGUGCCCAUUGUUGGCUGAGUUUUCAAGAAAAGGGAGGGCAGAUAGUAGGAGAGCUGGCUUUGGAACAACCGACUGUCCUGGUGCAGGUUCAUUUUCCUCACAUUGAAAAUGAGCCAAAUGACCUGUAAGCCUCUGACCUAAAGACAGGAAGGCGCGCACUCUGCUGCCCCCACUGUUGCUCCGGAGCCCACUUCUUUUCCCUUCCCUGGGGCCAUACCAACAGGACUCAGGCCCAGGGGGCUUCCUGAGCACACCCUGCUCAAGCAGCUCUUUGGGCGGCACUCUCAUGCUCUACACCCAGACGUCUGGGAAUAUUCCACGAAGAGCCCUAAUCUUCAGGACCUGCCAGGCUAGCCGGUGGUAACCUGGCCUCCAAAAACACUCCAGGCAAGGAAUGAACGCUGCCUCAGUGUCUUACAUCAGGGCAUUCCUCUGAGGGUCUCUGAGCCGAUCUCGCGGGCCUGCGGGCUCUGACACCCUCAGAUCUGGCUCCACCCUCUGCUGGCCCUUGGCUCAGCCCAGCUCCGUUCCAGCUCGAGGAUGCCCAGCUCCCAUCUGUGACCCGCGUCCUUCGCCGGGCCCUUCCUUUUCCCAUUAAAGCAAGCGUCCUGGGGCGCUUGUCUCCUCGCGGUGGCUGCUGAGCCCUUGCGUUCGUUAGCAGGAGCCUGGUGGGGACGCCUCUGGGGAUCGUACAGCGGCCCUAGAGCACCCGGGUGGUGCCUCUCUCUGUGCGCGCCGGGCAGCUACGGGCGACGGGGACGCGCAGAGGAGACGCGGCCGGGGGCCGCCUGGAAGGGCAGCGGCGAGGGGCGCGGCGCCGCCGGAAGCUGAGCCAGGGGACCCCCGGCGCGAUGCGGUGAAAGAAGAGCGACCCGGAGGUGGCAAUGAGUGCCUCUGCGGCCACGGGGGUUUUUGUGCUGUCCCUCUCAGCCAUCCCGGUCACCUACAUCUUCAACCACCUGGCGGCCCAGCACGAUUCCUGGACCAUUGUUGGGGUUGCUGCCCUCAUCCUGCUCCUGGUGGCCCUUUUGGCCCGGGUCCUUGUCAGAAGAAAACCACCGAGGGACCCUCUGUUCUACGUGUAUGCAGUGUUUGGAUUUACCAGUGUGGUGAACCUUAUCAUAGGCUUGGAGCAAGAUGGCAUCAUUGAUGGAUUCAUGACGCACUACUUGAGAGAGGGUGAACCGUAUCUGAACACGGCCUAUGGGCACAUGAUCUGCUACUGGGAUGGCUCUGUUCAUUACCUGAUGUACCUAGUGAUGGUGGCCGCCAUAGCCUGGGAGGAAAGCUACAGAACCAUUGGCCUAUACUGGGUCGGAUCCAUUAUAAUGAGCAUCGUGGUUUUUGUGCCUGGAAACAUCGUAGGAAAGUAUGGGACACGGAUUUGCCCUGCAUUUUUCUUAAGCAUACCAUAUACAUGUCUUCCGGUCUGGGCUGGCUUCAGAAUCUAUAAUCAACCAUCAGAAAACUAUAAUUAUCCCUCAAAGGUUCUUCAAGAAGCCCAAGCAAAGGCCCUGCUGAGAAGACCGUUUGACUUAGUGUUGGUUUUGUGUCUUUUCUUGGCAACUGGAUUUUGCCUGUUCAGAGGCUUGAUUGCUUUGGAUUGCCCAGCUGAGCUCUGCCGACUCUACACGCAGUUUCAAGAGCCCUACCUAAAGGACCCUGCUGCUUAUCCUAAGAUUCAGAUGCUGGCAUACAUGUUCUAUUCCGUCCCUUACUUUGUGAUUGCCCUUUAUGGCUUAGUGGUCCCUGGAUGCUCAUGGAUGCCUGAUAUAACGCUGGUCCAUGCUGGAGGUCUAGCUCAGGCUCAGUUUUCUCACAUUGGUGCGUCCCUUCAUGCUAGAACUGCUUAUGUCUACAGAGUCCCCGAAGAAGCGAAAAUCUUUUUUCUAGCACUAAACAUAGCAUAUGGAGUUCUUCCUCAGCUCUUGGCCUACCGUUGUACCUACAAUCCCGAGUUCUUCCUAAGAACUAAGGCAGAUGAGAAGUUGGAAUAAACAAACAUACCUCACAGUUCUCUCUGACCUGUUAAUGGGACUGGCGCUCUCCUUUAUCCCCUCCAUACAGGAAUACUCACAAGAACACACUUGUUCUGCAGCAUACAUGUGAGUGAAACUAAGGGUAGUAUCUGGGUAUAUUCUCAGUUUUGAAAGAAAAUUAAAGUUGAGAAACAGCUUUUUUAAGGAAAUAUAUCACCAUUUGUCUAUGAAUGUGACCAUUGAUUUUAGCAUUGUUUGCACAUAGUAUGUGUGAAAAUUACAACUCUAGUGCCUACAAAAAGCAUAAAAAUGAAACUAUUCAGAAGUAACUAACCAUACUAUGCAUAAGAAAUAAUUCAAAACAGCAAUUGCAGGUUGGAGAAAUGGCUUCAUAUGAAAUGUAUGAGUUGUUGACAAUCUUAAUAUAAAUGCCAGAUCAUCACAAUAUUUUUAAAUUGAUUCAAGUGUUUUCACAAGGAAAGCAUAUUAUUUAUUGCCAUUUUAAAAAUUGCUGUCAAAACUUCUAUUGUGAAUUUGAAUAGCUAAGAUGACACAAAUCAACUUUAUUAGUUGCCUUAAUGAACACUUGUUUUAUUGGUUGAUAAUAUUUCUCUUGUGUUUCUGUGUAUACCUUCAAUACUGUGUAUACCUUCAAUAAAAUUAUUUUUGGUGUUUAUGAAGAUAAA